AUGCUGAAAGCUGGAAAACGUCCCGAGCCAGCUCCAGAACCAGUGUCGACUUUCAGGACCAAUCCGGCUCAUCUGACACAAUGGCCCCUACCCAACGAUGGCCUUCAGCAGAUCGACGUAGCCAAUGCCCACGCGCGACUACUAGUUCCUAAAGGUCCUCCACCACAGCGACCCCCACGGCCCGACUGCCCUUCGCCUUCUGUGUACUCAGAAAGAAGCGUUGACGUCGUACCUAGCCCGCUAAACAUCAAACGGCCUGUUCCGUCUUUCUCGCAACCUCUCCCGAUUCAACAUGCUUCGCGACCAGCAAUCAGAAUUCCAAUCCCUCCUAGCCCAAGCACUCUUGCAGGUUCGACGCCCCGGGCAUCCAUUGCUACCGAGGACCUAUUCAGACAGUCGGGAGUUUCGUCAGUCGGUACAAUUUCUCUUACUGACCUGCCGGGGACGGCUCAUUCAUCACCCACGGAGCAUGUUGCUUCUUCGGAAUUUCCGCUGAAAAAAGCGGGUGGCCUUGCUCCGCCGAUGCCAGCUGCUCGACCAACUGAUAAUCGUGGUUCCUCCGUCUCACCGAUUCCUGAGGAAUUGCCCGAUAGCCCCACGAUCUCAAGAGAGCUUCACGCGCCAAGUCGACCAUAUCCUCCCAGUUGGUGCUCUGGACCGGCUGAGUCGGAGAUAUUAGGUACUUACCUGGAAGGCGACUCCGAUGAUAGUGAAUCACAGCAUUCUUUGCAGGUAGCCGCCCCUGCCCUUCUGAGGCAGGCAAGUAUUGGAACCCGUGGAAAGCCUGCAUUGCGCACAAUCCAGAAACCCAGUACAAACUCGCCUGUACCGCCAUCGGAGAAGACCCCGGUGUCUGCCAGACCAACUACGGCCGAUACUGCGGCCACGGCGGCGGUUUUGAAAGAGAUAGCUGCUGGAAGAGAGCGGAACGACAGCAUGUCAACAGUAUCGUCUGGCUCGACACAUUUCGGGACGGAGAAAGCGCCAAUUAUGCUGGAUCUGAGUGCUGAACAUCCCGCUCUGGCUCGCCCCUACGAUAACAAUGCGGCCCUGAGGAAAGAGGUUGGAGGGCUCCCGAAGGCAGCGCCGACAAUAAGCGAAACUAGGCCAAUGGGCCGUCGACCUCCUCGAUUGAAUAUGACCGCUGUUCGUGAUGCAGAGGCACGUGGAAGUCUAACAAGCUUACCUGAUUUGAUUCGCCGAGCGACCAAACUCGCGUCUAAUCUCGAGCAUGGCCGAACUGCAAGCAGAAACGACUUACUCAAUGGAGGCAACCCUCGUUUUCAUCAGAGACGUAACUCGGGAUCAAUCCAGAGCAUUCUAGCAUCUUUCCCACCCCCUGCUGCGGUACAGGACGGUGCUCACUCAUCCUGGCCUUUCUUUUUUCGAAGGUCCACGCUACAUCAAAUCCACUCCAACGAGCCCCCCAAAGAAGUGGACCAGGAAAAAGCCCAACCAAAGCAGGCCCGCCGCUGCUGUGGCAUGCCCCCAUGGCUUUUCGGACUUGUCUGUGUUAUUAUCAUCGUCAUCAUCUUGGCCGCUGUUCUAAUCCCUGUUUGCUUGGUCGUUCUCAAGCACAAGUCGAGCGGGUCUGACUGUGCGAAGACAACACCGUGUGAGAAUGGCGGUGUCAGUGUUUCGAGCGGCAAUGUCUGCUCCUGUGUCUGCGCCAAUGGGUUUACAGGCAGUCGUUGCGCAACUGCCGGCGAUGCCAGCUGUGUUACAGCCAAGAUCAACAACAAGAGUGCCACCAUGGGUAGUGAUCUUCCAGACUUAUUUGAAGGUGCCCAGCAGAAUUACAGCAUCUCACUGGAUGAGACGACUAUCAUGGCGUUGUUCAGCCAGAACAAUGUCUCGUGCACGACCGAGAAUAGCCUGGUGUCCUUCUCCGGCAUUUCGACGAGCAGCAGCAGUAGUAAAUCCCGCCGUGCUUUCCUUCCCUGGUAUGACCUGACGGAAUCCUCCAACUCCAACCCACUGCCCUUUGCCUACGAACAACCACCGCCGACCUCGGCCACGCCGAACCUGCCCACGCAAGUCCUUGCUGCCCGUGCCUCGAUUGCUACAGAGAACGGGAUCAUCUUCGAUGACACCCCACCGACCACUACCGGACAAGCUGCGACGGACACCGCCACCGCCACAGCAGCAACAGCCACUCAUGCAGCGACUGCCACGGAUGUCCGCCAUCCCGGAUCCCAAACGACCUCGACGGUGACAGCAGCAGCAAGUUCCUCGCCCACGUCCACGGCGGCUGCGUCUUCAUCCUCCAAUUCAACCACGGUGAUCACAAGCAAAGCCCUGACCUUCGCUCGCAUCUCGGUCCUGUACAUUUUCCAGGAGACCGGCACCCUCUCGGCUGCCACGUUCGCGGGGAACGACCUGCAGCUGUACCUGACGAAUGUGUAUACCGAGGAGUCGAAACACAUCCACGCCAUUGACCUGGCUCCCGCCGGCGUGAAGGGGAAUUUCACUCUGAACUUCGAUCAGUACCAAAUCACCUUGCCGAAUGGGAACGUGGUCGGAGGAUGA